AUAUAUUUGCCAAACAAUAUAGCAGAGGAAGUAAAAGAAGGAGCACUUUCACUUACAAAUAAGAAUAUUGAUGUGACAUUAGCUGAGAAUGAAUUAGUGUUUAUCAACUUCUAUGCACAAUGGUGUCGCUUUAGCAAUCUGUUAGCUCCAAUAUUUGAUGAAGCUGCAGAUAAGGUUAGAGAAGAGUUUCCACAACCAGGCAGAGUAGUAAUGGCUAAAGUAGACUGUGAUCGUGAAACAUCUGUGGCAUCUAGGUUUCAUAUAACUAAAUAUCCAACAUUGAAAAUAAUAAGAAACGGGCAACCAACUAAGAGAGAAUAUAGAGGACAGCGAUCAGUAGAAGCGUUUCAAGAGUUUAUUAGGAAACAGCUGGAAGAUCCUAUUAAAGAAUUUUUCGACUUGAGAGAACUUGAUCAACUCGAUGACAAAAAACGUAUGAUUAUAGGAUACUUUGAAAGAAAAGAUGUACCAGAAUAUGAAUUGUUUAGAAAAGUUGCAACCAAUUUGAAGGAUGAUUGCCAAUUCUAUGUUGGUUUUGGCACAUGUCCCAAUCAAAACUGCGAAAUUGGACAGCAUUUACAUUUGUUGAAUGCAAGUAAAGCAAUGCAUCCUCCAGGAGAACCUAUUAUUGCCUUCCGAUCGGAUAAGGGUGUAUCUCUUGAUAUGGAUGAAACUUAUAAAGGAAGUUUGACAAUUUACGAUGAAUUAAAUGUAUGGGCACAGGAGAAGUGUGUACCAUUCGUCAGAGAAAUAACAUUUGAAAAUGCUGAAGAACUAACAGAGGAAGGCUUGCCAUUCCUUAUAUUGUUUCAUGCUCCUGAUGAUAUAGAAAGCGUCAAGCAGUACAAAUAUGUCGUAACUAAUCAUUUAAUGAGUGAAAAACAAAAUAUUAAUUUCUUAACCGCUGACGGCCUGAAAUUUGCACAUCCGUUGCACCAUUUAGGAAAAAGCACAGCAGAUUUGCCAUUGAUUGCAAUAGAUAGUUUUAGACAUAUGUACUUAUUCCCGAAUUUCAAUGAUAUUUUCGUGGAAGGAAAACUUAAGGCUUUUCUGGAGGAUUUAUAUUCUGGCAAACUUCAUCGCGAAUUUCAUUAUGGUCCUGACAUCACCAGUAAUGAAAUACCAGUUACUGGAAAACAACCCACAACACCACCAGAAUCCGCAUUUAAAAAACUGGCACCAAGCAAAAAUAGGUAUACAAUAGUUAAGGAUGAAUUGUAAUGAGAUUGUGCGCAGCACUGUAUAGCAUAGUACAGUGCAGUGUAAAAUUUUCAUAAUUUAUAUGCAGUACUAGAAAUCGAAAGUGAAUUACAAUCGGUGAUUUUCCAAUAUUCAAUAUAAAUAUAUGUUAUUUUCAUAGUGCUUUUGUAACUCGAGUCUUCUCAGACCUCCACAAGUUCACGUUUCUUUGUGAUUUAUUUUCAUCUUUGCAUACUCUGCGUUAAAUGAAAUUCUAUUUCUCUCCAUCUACUCACAUAUUAUCUAGUAAUAAAAAAUAUCAAUUGAGUUCUUUGUUAAAUGUACAUGUUUUGCAUUCAUGGAUAAGCUAUGACAUAAUGUAUUUUUUAUUAAAAAGUUCUCGUAUGUUUGCAUAAUUUAUUAUCGGUAGACUAAUGACAAAAGAAUACUUUUCCUUUUGAUAAAAUAUUUCUGGUCUUGUUGAAACAAGAUUGCAGAGAUGAUUUUUUUAUAUCGACUAUGAAACUACGUUAACCAGUGUGAAUAAUUAUGUAUCAGAUUUUUUUACAUACAUUAUAAAGCGAUCAUGCAUCAUUAUUGUUAUUUUAUGCAAUACUGAUGUAAAUUUGAUAGUGAUUUGAAGUUUUGUGUACAUGUAAAGAAAUUUAAUUUACAUAAUCUCUCUUUUGUAUCCAUAUCUGUUAUAUCAAGAUUUGAAAUCCAAUAUUUAGUAACAUGCAAUUAUAUUCGUCAAGAUGUGUAAAUGUGUUUGGGAAUAUAUGAUGGUAAUCUAAUAUGUAUGUAUGCAUGCAUAACUAUUGAUUGCAUCGUAUGGGGCAAUGUUUUUAAAAUAGAAUGUAAUAGAGGAAGAGAGUACUUUGUUUAUAGCAUGAUUGAAAUGUUUGAGCAAGUGAAAUUUCAGAGUGUCUACAUAGUUAUGUGCAUCAUUUGUAUGAUUGAUAUUGUUUUGCCUGUUAAUAAACAAUUUCUAAGUCAUAA